AUGACGAAGCACGGAAAAGACCCGCAAAGCAAGCACAACAAGGGUUUCCUGUUUGGCGGCGAUCAGCGCAACCAGAAGAAACCUACGCCUCACCCCCUCAGCAAGCAAGGUCGGGCUGCAGCGAGCGCCAACGCACAGAUCAAACUCAAACCCAUCCAGUCCGCUCCUUGGCCCGGCCAGCAGGAGGACGACGGCAGCAGCGAUGACAACGACAACGUUGACUCCGCCGCACCAUCUCAACGGCGAUUGAGGAGGCUAGAUGUAGCCUGCAUCCCUUCCAAAGGUCUGCCACCCAACCUGCAUCAUCUCUGCCAAGUCAUCCAUCCCGACGAUCCUCACUCCUCGCAGAGCUGCGCGGCCAGAGCGGCCUUUUUGCGCGUGCCGGCAUCUGCGUUGCAUCCAGCUGCAGGUCAGUAUGGUUUGUUCGCCGCCAUCGAUAUUCCACCUCGCACUCCCAUUGCGCCCUACUUUGGAAUCUUGCACACAGAGGCAGAGAGCGAUCCGGCCAGCAACUACGACCUCGCUUUGGAAGGACCUUCUGGAGAGAGAUUGGCCAUCGAUGCAACGCACGCGGGCAGCAUCGCUCGCUGUGAGUAGCCUUGCUGCGUUAGCGUGAUGUCUGCCUGUAUGCUCACGUUGCCCUUUCUGUCAGUCUGCAACGACUAUCGAAAUAUCCUCAAUCGGCCAAAUGCUGAGCUGCGCGAUUUCAUCGCGCGGCCGGCGCCGAUGUCGGGCACCAGAGACCUUGCUUUCACGAAAGCACAGCUUCGAGGUGCUUCCCCACUCGAAGAUGAAGCUAUCGCAAGCAGAGGCAGCAAGGCGGGCGCUGUUAAAGCACUCGGCACCGAGAAGGGCUCAUCACAUUCUCCUGCGCCACCCGAAGAAGAGUCAUCAAUCAGUGAGACGAGCAACCUGGCUGUCGAUGAAGCGCUGGCAAACCUCAGCGUGUCAGACGUCAAGCCUGCGCGACCCGCCGUAGGUGCCCAAACGCGGCCCAUUAUCGGACUGGCAAUCUACAGCGCCUCCAAACCAAUCAAGCGCGGCGAGGAGAUAUGCAUCAGCUAUGGCAAAGGCUUCUGGGCCGCGAGAGAAGGUCGUGAAUGA